GUUAUUUAAAUUGUUAAUUUAUUGCACGAACGUUACCCUUGCGCAGAGUUAAACAAACUGGGAAGGAUUGAAACCAUAUAUGAAAUACUGCUAUUUGUAAGGGUUUUUUAUUCAAAAUGCAACCUCAAAAUAUAUCUUUAAAAUAUAAUAUGUGCUCUUGAUUGGAAAAAUCCUUGCUGCAGAAGGGGCGCAGCUUUGUUUGCCUGUCAGAUUUACCAUAAGAACCGCAGUACUACAUACAAACAUUUAUUGGCCGGAAGCGGUGCAGGAAAUUCUUUUUUUGUGAAUAAGCUAUAUAUUUGGCCUAGUGAUCGCCAUACAAAACUUCAGAAAGUCUGGUUUGUCAGACCGCCUUGUCUUGAAGCCGGCGGUAUAUAAUUGUAGUCAGUAAAACACGGUAUACACUUCUUCCUCAUCACAACCAUCAUGCCUGCUGAAUCUCAUGUUGAAAAUUCCCCGUGGAUCGGAUCAUUUCGAACUACCGGUAACGAUGGAAAAGUGGAAGAAUUCCUAAUGAGUGUCGGGCAUACCAAAGAAAACGCUAAGCGACUGGGAACUCCCGUGACAACCUUUACCUUCUCCAAUAACGACGGCAAAUGUGGAUACAGAAUUGAAUUUGAAGGAUUUUCGAAAGACACACCCUUUGAACUGGGGAAGCCUUUUCAGUAUCCUGCCAAAAAUCGCGGAGAGGGAGUGAUAAUUACGCAACGGUACGACUGGACCGAACCCACCCGUACCAUGCGGUCAACUGUGAAAACUACCGAAGGAUUUGACUUUACCGAAGAUUAUACUUUCGCUCCUGAUUACAAUUCGGCGGAAUUGGUUCGGACAUCUCCCAGUGUGCAGUCACGUACUGUUUUGCAGCGUAUCGCAGAAUGUAAACCACUUUAAUAAUAUCCAUUCUCACGACAAACUGUAAAAGUGUUUUGGUACGCAUUCCAGUCGAAAUGUGAAUCCGGGAACGUCUUCUGAGAAAACAUGAUCGUAGUGACACAAGAAUAUGAUGAUUACCCUGAUAAGUAUCGCCUGCGAUUUCGUACGUAG